GCGCAUGUUCUGAGUCUUCUGAUCGCUCUCAGAGAGAGUUUGUCGCGGCGGUUGCAGAAGAACACUGCAAGAUGAAGUUCAACAUUGCGAAUCCCACAACUGGAUGCCAGAAGAAGCUCGAGAUCGACGACGAUCUGAAACUACGAGCUUUUUGGGACAAGAGGAUCUCACAGGAGGUUAGUGGAGAUGCACUUGGUGAGGAAUUCAAGGGCUAUGUCUUCAAAAUCACUGGAGGUUGUGACAAACAAGGCUUCCCAAUGAAGCAGGGAGUGCUGACCCCUGGUCGUGUUCGUCUCUUGCUUUACAGGGGAACACCUUGUUUCCGUGGACAUGGAAGGCGCAAUGGAGAGCGCAGGAGGAAGUCUGUUCGUGGGUGCAUUGUCAGCCCAGACCUAUCUGUUCUGAACUUGGUAAUUGUGAAGAAGGGGGACAAUGAUUUACCAGGCCUGACUGACAUUGAGAAGCCAAGGAUGAGAGGUCCAAAGAGGGCAUCCAAAAUCCGCAAGCUGUUCAACCUGUCUAAGGAGGAUGAUGUGAGAAAGUAUGUCAACACAUACCGUCGGACAUUUACAUCAAAAACUGGGAAAAAGGUGAGCAAAGCUCCAAAGAUACAACGGCUGGUAACUCCUCUUACACUCCAAAGAAAGAGGGCAAGGAUUUCCGAUAAGAAGAAGAGAAUUGCUAAGGCUAAAUCAGAGGCAGCAGAGUACCAAAAGCUUCUUGCCUCCAGGUUGAAGGAGCAGAGGGAGCGCCGCAGUGAGAGUUUGGCAAAGAGGAGAUCCAAGAUUUCUAGUGCUUCCAAGGCAGCUGUCCCUGUAUAGGCUGCUUUUAGAUACAGAGAUAUGAUGAAAUUCAAUCACCACCGUAGGUUUUGGUAUUGCUAUUCUAUGAUGGCUGUAUUAUCACAAACACUUCCGGUUUUGCUAAUUUAAAUACAUUUGAGUUAUUGAAGUACUUCUUAUGUCACGUUACUUAUUGAAUUAUUUUUUAACAAGUUGGAAUACCUAUCCAUUUCAAGC